AUGACAUGCUGGGAAGAUGUUGAUAUUGAGCAGUCUCCCAACACUCGACUAUCCUCGAGAGACUUGCAGUGCAUUCGAAUCAAGGUUCAAGACGAGCUCGCAUUCGAGCAAGUUGUACGAUUAGUCGAUGAGACUUUAAAGAAUGCAUAUCUAAAUCAACAAAUCUCGUUCGAGGAUCUCGUCUCUCAGAUAUUUCCCCAAGGACGGCAUUUUCUUUGGACUCUUGAUGGGCAGCUGGAAUUCUUCGGACGUCUGGACUACCAAGUCAAGAUCAGGGGCCACCGCGUCGAGCUACCGGAGGUGGAACAGGCCCUGAUGAUGGCAGAUAAGACUGUCAUAGAUGCUAUGACAGUCGUUCGUGAAGUUAGAGGAGAGAGUGAUCGAGAUGUCGAGCUUGUCAGUUUCGUCACAAUCUCCGAGGCGGAUGUGAGCGAGAGUGGCUACACAAAUGAAGAGACCUCAGGCGCAUUGGCUGCGGAAGACAAAACGGAGCAGGGACAAGUCGACGCAUGGAAAGAACACUUUGACAAGUCAUCAUACACUGACAUCGAAAGCCACAUCGAUACUGACAAGCUGGGAAGGGACUUUGUCGGGUGGACUUCCAUGUAUGAUGGGAAGUCAAUCAACCUGAACGAGAUGAACGAAUGGUUGGACGAUACCAUGACAACACUUCUCGGAAGUGGCAUGAUCCUGUUCAACCUCCCCCGGUCUAUACAAAGCUACGUUGGUCUAGAACUGGCAGAGCAGGCGGCCGCUUUCGCGAAUAAAGCAGCCAAUACGAUUCCGGCUUUACGAGGGAAAGUUGAUGUGCAUGUCGGCACAGUUACUGACCUUACCUCCAUCGAUCGCCCUCGCUUUAAUAACCCAGAUUUGGUCGUCAUCAACUCCACAGUUCAGUGCUUCCCUGGACCAGAAUAUCUCCUGAAGGCGAUCGAGAAUCUCCUACAGUUGGGCAAUGUUGAAAGACUGUUUAUCGGUGACAUACGGUCAUAUGCCAUGUAUCGAGAGUUCCAAACCAGCAAAGCACUUCACGGUAUCAAAUCUUAUUCACGGGGUGGUAAAGCCGGAAUCAGUCUCGAUUCUCUUCGGCAGAGUAUGGCGGCUAUCGAGCGUGCGGAAGAGGAGUUACUUGUCGACCCGGCGUUCUUCACUGCUCUCAAGGAGAGACUACCGAAUCUGGUUGAACACGUUGAGAUUUUGCCCAAGCGUAUGGUGGCUACCAACGAGCUGAGCUGUUAUCGAUACGGCCAGUGGAUUGAUUUCCAGAAGAACCAGUUGACCCGCCAGUCGCUCCUUGAUAUGCUGGACGGUCGUGCUAAGACAAACUCUGACCCUGAGCUUGACAUUGUUGCAAUCAGCAACAUUCCAUCCAGCAAGAUCGUGUUUGAGCGUGGUGUUCCUGAACACCAUGAUAAUGGCAAUGGCCGCAAAAGCACCGACUCAGCAGACUGGGUCCAAGUUUGCCGCGUUUCUGCUACUACUUCGAUAGACAUUGGCGGCUCCCUCUCGGCUGUGGACCUACAUGAAAUCGCUGGUUCUACAGGAUACUUCAUCCAAAUCAGCUGCGCUCGACAGGCGUCACAAAAUGGUAACAUUGAUGCUGUUUUCUACCGCGGCCCUUCUCCUGAAAGAGUGUCCCGAAUUCGAUUCAACUUCCCGACCGACCACCAAGGACGGGACUGGAAGUCGUUCACGAACAACCCACUGCAACAACGGCACUGGAGACAAGUUGAAGAGAAACUUCGGUCACAUCUCAAAGCACGUCUGCCAUCGUAUAUGGUACCCUCUGUCGUUCGGGUGCUGGAAGCUAUGCCCCUAAAUGACAACGGCAAAGUCGACCGUCGAGAAUUGACGAAGAAAGCACAGACUCUGGUGAUUUCGAAGUCGUUCUCUGCAAGUUCAUUAGCCUCCAAGUCCAGGAAUCCUCCACGGACUGGACUUGAACGCGCAGUGUGUGAUGAAUUCGCAAGUGUCCUCGGCCUGAGCCAGGAUGAUGUUGGUAUUUCUGACGACUUUUAUCACUUUGGCGGACACUCACUCCAGGCUACUAGACUGGUAUCACGUUUAAACCAGCGACUUGGCUGUCGACUAUAUGUGUCGGAUCUAGUCCGCUCACCGACACCGAUGGCAUUUGGUUCGCUGAUAGCCAACUUGCCGACCAACAUCUCCAACGGCAAUGGAGCAAAGGGCGACAAGAGUGAUGGGACAAAGCUAGGUAUCAACGGGCAAAUCAAUAACAACCUGGAGCCACCGAGAGUGUUCUCGGAACUGUAUAGUCGACCCCAGUCCAAGUUCACCAUUGUCCUGAUCCAUGGCCUUUGGGGUCAGGGCAGUGUCUUCGCACCCAUGGUUCCUUUUCUUGAUCCUCUAUUUGACGUCCUGGUUCUCGACGACCCCUUCUUUGGUCAAGCUCAAGGGCCUGAGUCGAUUCAGCAAUGGGCCGAGAUCUAUCUGGACCAUGUACAGGAGCGACUAGGCAACAGGUCUGGAAGCACUCUUGUAUUUGGAGGGUACUCCCUUGGUGGACUUAUUGCAUACGAGAUGGCUUCGCUUUGGCAUUCGAGACAUGACGAAUAUCGGGCUUUGCUACUUCUUCUUGAUGCAGCGAUGUAUGUGUCGUAUGCAGGUAACGACAAUGAGCUCGAGUAUGGUCUCACUCUGUUCGGACAGGAGCAAAAACAGAUGGUUCACGAUCAUUACUCCCAAAUUUCCCCACUGACCAAGUGA